AGAGAGAGAGAGAGAGAGAUGGGGUUGAAGGAAAAAGCAAAUAAUAUUAGUUUAGUUUAUUCAUUGUUUACAAGAAAAGUAAUACAAAUGGGAAUACCACCACCAAUACCAACAAGAACAGCUUAGGCAGAAUCCUCUUCUUCUUCUUCUUAUGUUUUUUGUUGGUCUGAGAAAUUUCUUAUUUGCUUUGUGAUAUGAUAUUGAUUAUAGGUUGAAAUUUUAUUAUAGUUAAAAAGAACUAUUAUAAAUUUUAUAACAGCUCACAGAGAGAGAGGAAGAGAAAGAGAAAGAAACCAUCUUCAUCAUCCUGAAUCUAUAUGGAGCAGCUUGUCAACUUUAUCAUUCGGCCACCCAGGGCUGAAUAUGACCCAAAAAAUGAUCUAUUGGAUCAGGAGUUCAUGCUGAAAGGGAAGUGGUAUCAAAGGAAGGAUCUGGAGGUUAAAAACAGUCGAGGAGAUGUCCUUCAAUGCAGUCAUUACGUGCCCAUUGUUAGUCCUGAAGAGAAGCCUCUGCCCUGUGUAAUAUACUGCCAUGGGAACAGUGGGUGCAGGGCAGAUGCAAGUGAAGCAGCCAUCAUUCUGCUGCCUUCAAACAUUACAGUUUUUUCUCUAGAUUUCUCAGGAUCUGGACUCUCUGGAGGAGAACAUGUCACUUUGGGGUGGCAUGAAAAGGAUGACCUCAAGGCAGUUGUCAAUUAUUUGCGAGCAGAUGGAAAUGUCUCUUUGAUAGGCUUGUGGGGCCGUUCAAUGGGUGCUGUCACUAGCCUUAUGUAUGGAGCUGAGGAUCCUUCAAUUGCAGGAAUAGUUCUUGAUAGUCCAUUCUCUGAUUUGGUUGACUUGAUGAUGGAACUGGUGGAUACCUAUAAAAUUCGUUUACCUAAAUUCACUGUGAAGUUUGCAAUCCAAUACAUGCGAAGAGCAAUCCAGAAAAAGGCAAAAUUUGACAUAACAGACCUAAACACCAUUAAGGUGGCAAAGUCUUGCUUCGUUCCAGCUUUAUUUGGGCAUGCCACUGAUGAUGAUUUUAUUCGGCCCCACCAUUCAGAUCGUAUAUUUGAUGCUUAUAUGGGAGACAAAAAUAUUAUCAAAUUUGAGGGAGAUCACAACUCUCCACGUCCUCAAUUCUAUUUUGAUUCUAUAAAUAUCUUUUUCCAUAAUGUUCUGCAACCUCCAGAGGAUGAGAUGGGGGGAGCAUUUUUUGACCCUGUGCAGGAUUACUUUGGUAAGGGUAGUUGGAGAACUGUGCAUGAAGUAGACUCUGAUCAUGAAUUUUCAACUGUAUCCAAAGAACCGGCAACUAGCAGUACACAAGAUGCCAUUAAACAAGUCCGUUCACGAAGACCUAUGAGUCGGACAGAUGUCCCUUCAAGUAUCGAAUCUAAAGAUGGUCAACCUGAAGCUAAGGGUGGUAAAUUUGAUGAUGAUCAGUCCUCAUCAUCCUCCAAAAUGAUUAGCUUUGAAUUCACCAAUGGCCAUCCUUGUGGACCACAUGUUCCAACCACAUUGGAUGACGAUCAAUAUGUGGAAUAUCAACUUGAUGACCUGGCAGGUUUUCCAAGUGACGUGGAGGAGGAAGAAAGGAUGUUCAUGGAAGCAGUGCUCUUGUCGUUGAAAGAAUUGGAGAUGAGAAGCCCACAGCGACAAUCAGAAGAACAACUGGAAAGUACCCCUGAUUCUUUCAAGUCUGUCCAAAAAGAUGAUCAUUUGGAUGCUGCUUCUUCUGCAGAUCAUCUUCAGCUCUUGAAGACAGAAUCCACUUCCAGUUCCUUAGAGCAUUGUGGAUUGUCCAAAACCGAAACCACUUCCAGUUCUGUUGACAAAGCCAAUGAUUCAGAACCCAAACAACUGCCUGCCGAUACAAGGGAGCCGUCUGCAGGAUCUGCAUCAGAUACCCCUCCGUCUGCCAGCGAAUCAAGAAGCACAGAGCCUUCUACUUAUAGUGAUACAUCAAGAAGCAGCCAAACCUCAUCGGAUUCUGACCUGUCAGCCAAUACAAAAGCGACAUUAACAGUGGAAAGAAACCCAACAAGCCAUGUCAUGGAGGGUUUGAUGCGUCGUUGGGAUUUCAACUUCUUUCGGAACAAUCCAAAUCGAUAGGAUGAAAAGUUUCUUCUUUUAUAUUUUUUGGUUGUACCGCCUUUCUUCUUUUGGCAGACCAUAUCAUAUAUUGUUUUGUAACUAAGAAAAGUUUCAGGGUUUGUAGUUUGUAAAAUGCUUGACCCAAAAGAACAAACAAAAGAAAAGGAAAGAUGCUGUGAAUGAUUUAUCUUGUUUUCAUUUUAACUAGGAAUUCUUUACAUUCA